AUGAAACUCCUCUCGUUGGUUGUGAUAUCAGGGAUUUUCUUUAGCAUCGCCAAUUUUACCAGCGAGAGUCCAAAACAUGGAGAGUCAAUGUUGACUGUCCAUCUCCCUGAAUUCCGUCUGAUUCCAACCACCGGAGCUUCGGGACCGGAGAGUUUUGUGUUCGAUUUCUCCGGCGAAGGUCCUUACACCGGUUUAUCUGAUGGUCGGAUUGUUAAGUGGCUAGCUAAUGAGAGCCGUUGGAUCGAUUUCGCCGUCACCACCCCAACAAGAGAAGGCUGUGAAGGCCCGCACGAGCACCAACGAACGGAGCACGUGUGCGGUCGACCAUUGGGCCUGGCUUUUGACAAGUCCACUAGUAAUCUUUAUAUCGCCGAUGCUUAUAUGGGCCUUCUUGAAGUUGGCCCAGAAGGUGGCUUAGCCAACAAGAUAGUGACAGAUCAGCUGGAUGAGCCCCUCACGUUUACCAACUCAUUGGAUAUCGAUCCACGCACCGGAGUUAUCUACUUUACCGACAGUAGUUCGGUUUAUCAACGGAGAAAUUAUAUAGGGGCGAUGCUGAGUUCGGACAGAACCGGUAGACUAAUGAAGUACGACCCAAACACGAAACAAGUGACAACUCUUCUAAGCAACCUAGGGUUCCCAAACGGCGUCGUUCUAAGCGAAACCGGCGAUUACCUUCUCGUGGCUGAGACUAUCACGUGCCGAAUCCUACGUUACAGGCUAAACGACACGUCGUCGGCUUCUAAAUCUCUCGAGGGCUACGAGGUUUUCGCCGACCGGCUCCCAGGGUUUCCCGACAACAUAAAGAAGAGUCCACGUGGCGGAUACUGGGUAGGUCUGAAUACGAAACACUCAAAGCUGACAGAGAUCGGCAUGUCAAACCCGUGGCUAGGUCGUGCCGCUUUGAGCCUGCCGGUGGACUGGAUGAAGGUACAUUCGUAUUGGGCCAAGUACAAAGGGAACGGGAUGGCCGUGAGGUUGAGCGAGGGUAGUGGCGUGAUAACAGAGGUCUUCGAGGGUAAGAAUGGAAAUAAAUGGAUGUCCAUAAGUGAGUUGGAAGAGAGAGACGACGGAACUCUAUGGGUUGGAUCGGUGAAUACUCCUUUUGCUGGCAUGUAUAAAUUCUAA